UUUUACGCGUUGGAGCCAGCAAGAUGAGCGCCCGGAAGCCGCCGAGCCUCGCGCUGCAGCCCGCGCUCGUCCAGGACAACAUCCCGUCGGAGGUCGUGCCCAAGCUCUGGGUCGGCUCGAUCCACGCGGCCUUCAACUUUGAGGCCAUCAAGGAGCGCAAGAUCACGCAUGUGCUCAACGUCUCGGGCACGGUCGCCACGUACCCGCAGGACUUUACCUACCUCACGAUCGACCUCCGCGACAAGGAGUACACGAACCUCCUCAGCUGCCUUCCGAUCACGACGGUCUUCCUCGAAGCCGGCAUGCAGAACGGCGGCGUUCUCGUUCACUGCGCGGGCGGGCGGUCCCGGUCGCCGGCGAUCGCGAUGGCUUACAUCAUGCUCACGCAAGGCUUUCCGUACGCCGAGGCCUUUGCCAAGCUGCGGUCCGUGCGCUCGGUCGUCGCGCUCAACACGGGCUUUGAGGACCAAUUGCAGUGCUUGGAGAAGGCGCAGCUCGAUGUCUUCAAGGCCCACCAGCUGUUGCUGCAGACAAAGAUGGUGCGGGCGCGGGCCCGGCGCGCGCAGCACCUGCCCAUCGAGCUCGAUCAUAUCAAGAAGAGCGCCGAGACCGACAAGCGCAUGCUGCUGGGCAUCGUUCCGAGCGGCUUUUACCUCACACGGCCGUCGUCGCCCAAGACGCAGCACUUUAUCCCGCCGCUUCGGUCCAUGGGUCACGUCUACGGCUGCAUCGAGUGCGGCACGCCGCUCUUUUGCACGGCCAACGUCCUCAAGCACACGGCGAGCACGGACGCCGCGACGUGGACCGUCGCGGUCGACCGCAAACGCGCCGCCAGCUGUCCCGAGACGCCGCGCGGCCGCCAGCAGGUGCCGUCGCGGCCCUUUUCCAAGGACCCGGAUGCGAGUCCGUUUGACGAUGACGACGACGACGAAGUGGCGAACCGACCCGACGCGAUCGCCGACCAGCGCGUGCUCGAGUCGAUGCUGCGGGACGUGGCGAGCCUCGAGGUCGUCCCGUCGUCGUCGUCGUCGUCGGCGAUCCACGUGAGCUCUCCGACCAAGUCGGUGUCGUCGCGAAAAAAAAUAUGGCGCGCAUGGUCCAAGCAGUUUAGCUUCCGUCUCACGAGUCCGACCAGUAAUGACAGCAGCGACAAGACCAAGAUGACGCCGUCGACACCGGAUACCGAGCUGCGUACGUGGCGCGCGCAGCUCAAGGAGCUGGAAAAAAAUGGCUCCCGAUCCCAAAUACGACGCGUGUCGGCCGUCAUGGGCGACGACGAGAAGCAGUUUGCAGCGCUCUCCAGCGGCUGCGACCUGUGGUAUCUCGAGCCGCUGCGGUGGUUUGGCCCCAUGAGUGCUGCCACCGGCAGCGUCAAGUGCCCGAAAGAAGGCUGCGCCCACAUUGUCGGGCAGUGGCAGUGGGAUGCGACGACCUCCAAGUGUCUCUGUGGCGGACUGGUGCACCCAGCGUUCACCGUCAAGCAGUCAGCCGUGAAGUUGCUUCCGAUGGCAACGCGGCUGCCACCGACACGCCCCGAGCGUCAAGAGACAACCAACUAAGGUGGCUAACGGACGUUGCGAGCAGAUCGCUGUAAACAGUAAUUGUCUGCUUG